UCUGUGUUUUUUUUUCUUUCUUAUACAGAGACAUAUUCGACAAACGUUCAACAAACUCAUGAGGCUUUGCGACAUGUUCGAUCAAAACAGUGCUUUCGGAGGUCAACAACAACAACCACAACAGCAACCUACUGUACGGUUUACCGAAAAUGCAUCGAGUUAUUUAGGCGGAUCACCACUCGGUCUUAACACUGACCUGAAUUUGGAGCAAAUACUUUUGGAGUUGGAUCGGCUUAUUCGAACAUCGGGGAUUACCUCAUGUGCAUUAUUACCGCCGAACCACGAUAUCUGUCUACGAAUGCGGCAGAUUCCACUCAUUAUUUCCCAGAGCGUAACGCCCAUGCAGACCUUGUUGACGUUUGUCGAAAAAGUGGUGUAUAUGUUGUACAAGAGCAAUUCGACGUUUGCCUUCGAGGCAUACACUGGAUUUCUGCAAUCGUUAUUUGAGCUAUCACGUGAAGUUGAAAAAGAAACAAUGACUUGGAUAGUGUAUUCAAACGACGAGCGCAAAUAUAACGCACCUGUCAUUGCGAUGCUCAUGCGACACGAAAUGAUACCCCUGGAGGAUUAUGACGUACUAUUAGCGAAAGCUAUCAAGAAUCCUCCACAUCAAGUCGAAUAUGCCGUCGAAUUGCUGAAUAUAUGCCUACUGUCGUCAACGCCAGUAACUUCUCUAGAGGAUCAUGCGCUGACCAUUGUUGCACUGCGUGAAUUACAGGAAUCAGGCGAAGCACCAUCGAGUGUCACUGUAUUACUGGAAGAAAUCGGACUAAGGGCAAAGCGGCCUUAUGAAGCGACAGAAAAGCCUGAUCUGGAUUGUUUGGCGUUACGGAUGCUUUUGGCCGAGUGGACAAGAUUAUGUCAACAUUCCAUGACGAGUCAACGACUGUAUCGUCAUUUUGCAAAGAAGGUGCUGACAAUGACAAAAGACAAGAAUGGGCAAGGCUUCUUCUUUCGAUUAUGCAUCGAAACAUGCGUCGAUCGUUUCCUGUCAUUCAAAUCACUUAGCGCAUCUUUCCAAAAUCGGACAAUGCAGCUAAUUGACGCCUACGCCAAAUUGGUGGCGUACAUGGUGCGUGUCCAACAACAACAAGACCUUUACGAUUAUCACGGAAGAGAAGAUAGGGAUGCAGGCAAAAUAGCAAUUGCAGCUCGUGCAUUUUCGGUGGUUAUUCUUGUGCUCGCUCAACAUCACGAAACCCGUGGUGUGCACUUUAACCAAAAGGCAUUUUUGCGGAUAUUCGCGUCGCUCUAUACCGAAUUGAACAAGAUCAAAUCUGCACCGGUCCAUGCGGGUGUCUUGAGAGCUUAUAGUGACACACUCUACACAUUGAGACCAUCAAGCUUUCCCGGAUUUGCAUUCUCGUGGCUCCAAUUGAUUUCACAUCGCACGUUUAUGCCGCAAUUACUCGCUGCUGGUGCUGCUGGCAAACCUGAUCGACAAAAGGGAUGGAUGAUAUGUCAAAAGCUACUGUUGGAAUUGCUAAAGUUCCUUGGCCCUUUAUUGGAUCGUCGCGUGCUUCAAAAGGCUACCCGACAAUUCUAUCGGGGGACGCUCCGGUUCCUGGUCGUACUGCUGCAUGAUUUUCCCGAGUUCUUGAGCGAGCAUUACAUGGUGUUUGUCCAGGUGAUUCCGCAUUCGUGCAUACAGCUUCGAAACCUGGUGCUGAGUGCAUUCCCGCGUAUCAUGCACCUACCGGAUCCGUUUAACCCCGAAUUGCCCGUGGAUGAUGAUGACGACCAGUUGCCCGAGUUUAAGCAGGAUCCGGUCCUGGUCACAAGCUAUACCAAAGUGUUGAGCGAUGAAUUCCGUGGUGCCAUCGAUGAUUUCGUCCAGAUACAACAUGAAUCGUUCCAUAUCAUGGCCUUGCAGUAUAUGAUGGAUGACGGUGUAUAUCGACCAGAUGUUCUGGGUGCAUUUGUAUUAUAUGUAGGGUCCAAAACAGCAGCAAGCGAUACUCCCAUUGAAGAACAUCCUGCCAUGAUUGCAUAUAAGCGGUUAUUAGCUGAAAUGUCAUCGGAAGGUCGAUAUAUUAUGCUCAAUGCCGCUGCUGAUCACUUGCGAUAUCCAAAUAGCCACACCUCUUUCUUUAGCAAAGCAUUGUUACAUUUGUUUGCUACACAGCCCGAGGAAUUGAAGGAACAGAUCACUAGGGUGCUGCUGGAAAGAUUAAUAGUAAAUCGACCGCAUCCAUGGGGUCUUUUAGCUACUUUUAUCGGCUUGAUAAAGAGCCCUGGCUUUUGGGAUCAUGAGUUUAUCCGAUGUGCUCCAGAUAUCGAGCGCUUAUUCGACAAUGUCUCAAGGUACCCUUUUAUCAUCGUCAUAGAAGGUGGAAUCCUUUCGUUAAUAAUACUAAAACAACCUGUUUUCUCUUUGUUAGAUACAUCAAACGCACCGCCUAAUAUCGAAUUCCAUCUUCCAACUAUAAUCCCUCCACUUUCGCUUACUUCCUUUUCCCUCUAUAUUAUCUGUAUCUUUAAUAGAAACAAAAAAUACUCUUCGCUCUAUAUGUACAUACAUGAAAAUAUAAUGUUUUCCCCCCUCCUCUUUUAUACUGCCUCCUUAUCCCCUCUUCCGCACACAUACAUUUCUUUUUGUAUGACACGAAACACAUGCACUCUUUGAUGUUUUUUCCAGUGUGUGAUUUACAAACUUGUACCAUUGGGCUUUUUGUUGUUUAAUACUCGAAGGCUUUCUCGGUGGAGGGAGAGAGAAUGUGUUCAAAACAUGAGGGGGAAAAAACUGUAUACAAUAGGGAAAGGAGUAUGCUUAUUCACCAAAGAGUCGACGGACGCGUUUCAAGACACUAUCCUUUUCAGGAUCUAUAAUGUAUGCGAAAAGAGGAAAUUGAGUUCUUUCGCCCUUGUAAUUUUUUUGCUC